GCACUCUCGGGAUGGAGGGCGAGCGCCGGGCAUCUCAGGCGCGCUCCUCCGGGCUCCCGGCUGGGGGCGCCGGCGGGGAGAGCCCCGGGGGAGGCGCCCCCCUCCCGGGCGGCAGCGGCUGCCCCGUCCUGCUGCAGGCCGAGGUGCUGGACCUGGACGAGGACGAGGAGGACCUGGAGGUGUUCAGCAAGGAUGCCUCAUUUAUGGACAUAAAUUCAUUCAGCCCUACAAUGCCAACAUCCCCUUUAUCCAUGAUCAACCAAAUCAAGUUUGAAGAUGAGCAAGAUAUGAAAGAUAUCUUCAUUACAGUCGAUGAACCUGAAAGCCAUGUCACUACAAUUGAAACUUUUAUUACUUACAGGAUUAUUACUAAGACAUCUCGUGGAGAAUUUGACUCCAGCGAAUUUGAAGUUAGAAGGCGUUAUCAAGAUUUCAUUUGGUUGAAGGGGAAACUUGAAGAAGCACACCCCACUCUAAUUAUUCCACCUUUGCCAGAAAAAUUUAUAGUCAAAGGGAUGGUGGAACGCUUUAAUGAUGACUUCAUUGAGACACGCAGGAAGGCAUUGCAUAAGUUUUUGAACCGAAUUGCUGAUCACCCAACUUUAACAUUUAAUGAAGACUUCAAAAUUUUUCUUACUGCGCAAGCUUGGGAACUCUUGUCUCAUAAGAAGCAAGGGCCUGGAUUGCUCAGCAGAAUGGGCCAGACCGUCAGAGCUGUCGCGUCAUCUAUGAGAGGAGUUAAAAGCCGCCCGGAGGAGUUCAUGGAAAUGAACAACUUUAUUGAAAUAUUUAGCCAGAAAAUAAAUUUGAUAGAUAAAAUAUCUCAAAGAAUUUACAAGGAAGAAAGAGAGUAUUAUGAUGAAAUGAAAGAAUAUGGACCAAUUCAUAUUCUGUGGUCAGCAUCAGAAGAGGAUCUGGUUGAUUCUUUAAAAGGUGUUGCCAGCUGUAUUGACAAAUGCUGUAAGGCCACUGAAAGACGGAUGUCUGGACUCUCAGAAGCCCUACUUCCUGUCGUACAUGAGUAUGUGCUUUACAGUGAAAUGUUAAUGGGUGUUAUGAAAAGAAGAGACCAAAUACAAGCAGAAUUGGAUUCCAAAGUCGAAGCAUUAACCUAUAAAAAGGGAGACACUGAUCUGUUUACAGAAGAAAUUGAAAAACUUGAAGAUAAAGUGGCAUGUGCAAAUAAUGCCCUGAAAGCAGAUUGGGAAAGAUGGAAACAAAAUAUGCAAAAUGAUAUCAAGUCAGCAUUUACAGAUACAGCUGAGGAGAAUAUCCACUAUUAUGAACAGUGCCUUGCUACCUGGGAAUCCUUUCUUUCAUCACAGUCCAGCCUUCACUUGGAAGAAGCUUCUGAAGAUAAACCUUAAUUCCGUUGAAGACUUCCCGUGUGAUCAUUGGGAAAUAGCAUCUGUUAACCAAAAUUAUUUUUUUCUGAAUGGGCUGUGUCCUUUAUUAAGUAGAUGAAAAAUGUUUCACACUAUCUGGAAAACCAACAACUUGAAACUCAGGUAUUCCAGAUUAUUGAUAAGAUUAUAUACAUAAUGUAUAAUAUAUAUAUAGUUUAGAUUUUUGUUCUCAAAUUUUUGUGCCAAUAAUUGCAUAUAGAAAAUCUUUUAAAAGUAUUUGUUUGUGAAACACGUCAUUUUAAAUAUAUUGUAAAGAUUCAGUUUUAAUAAA